AUGAGGGGUGAGGCUAUUAAAUUAAGUUCAAUUAAAUCACUGUGUUCAACCUCUAUAUACAGAACUGUGUUGGAUGUACGUAACUUUCUUUUACUGGUUUUAGCACUUGUGAUCCUAAGCCUCUUGGGAUGUGCACUUGGACAGGACAGGAUAUUUUCCUGGAGUGGAAACGACAGCCAAGUUGACGCCAGUGACAAUGCAUGUCUGACUGACACGGUGUCCUGCGGAUGCUGCCUGAUGCAGAAGCAGAUGUGGAAGCUCGAGAUGUUUUUCAACCUGACAUUAAAUGAACUACAGAGGAACCUGGAGACAGCUCAUUCAGUGUUAAACAAUAUUCGUGCCAGCCGCAGCGCCUUCUCCGUGGCUCUCACUGACACGCGCCUCUGUGUCGGCCCAAAUCGUGAAGACUCUGUGGUGAAGUACAGCAGCGUGUUUGUUAACUUGGGAGAUGGCUACAGCAUCGACACUGGUGCUUUUGUAGCUCCACGUUCUGGCGUCUAUAGCCUGGCGCUAACCGUUUACAGCGAUUCUGGCUCUCCUGGGGUGGCUUUGGCUGCUUGUGCUCGGCUCCGACUGAACGGGCGCACGAUUGCAUCGCCAAACGAGACCAACCUUCAAGACGAGGAGGACAGCGCUAGCGCACUUCUAGUAGUGCAGCUGCAUGCAGGAGACCGGGUGGACGUCGCUCUCCCAGCCGGCUGCUUUCUGUGUGACAAUGGCAACCACUACAACACUUUCACUGGGUUCCUGCUCUAUGCAACCGAUUAA